AUGGGACAGCGGAGGAAGGAUAGCAGUGAAUAUGAUAACAUUCGGAUGUCAUACCCAUGCAAGUUAACCGGAUGUAAGGUAUCGACUGAGCAGGUGGCCCAUCUGGGGUGGUGGUACAAGUUGCGUCGUCCAAAAAUGGCAAAGUCCAAAACUCAACCCCGACCACUCCACCGCCCAACUCACAAAGCCUCCGCAAAGGUUCUCCCGUCCUCUAUGACUUCACAUAAGUUAUUUCCUUCAAAUAUUACUUUGAAUAUCACUGUCUGUGUACUAUGGAUGCUGCCGCUGACUCUACACACCCCCGCGGUGGCACACUUUGGGCCAAUACGCCUGCUACCCCAUCCCAAGCAAGCGAAAGAUAAACAGGCCACAGAGGAAUCCGCUAUAGAGCAGUUGCCACAAGAACAUGAAGACCCUACGAUCCCCGGCACAUCCCUCUCGUUUCAUUUCACUCAUCAAAUCGCACUCGAAUCUCGACUCCUACCUGUUAACUGCUUGACUUUAACUUUCCAUGUUAUCGUCGUCACCACUGGACCACCCCCUUUGGGUCACUCACAGUCCGGAAGACAAAACAUCCCUGGAAUCGACCACUGUGCUUACAGUAUCUGUGUAGUAUAUGAGAUGCUUAAAGAUUCAGGUGUCUCUUUGGCUCUUCGUUCUGUUUCUGCCAACUCUUACAAUAAGUGGCAACUCUACACCAUCGUCUGCAUCCUCGAUAUCGAGCCAAAGAAUGAAUUCGGGAUUAAAAUAAACCCAUCAGCAUCACUAGACCAGUUGAGGACAGAAAUCAUAGAGGAAAGGUCGCGACUUCUGAAUGGAAUCAAGCCAGCCGACCUCACUUUACAUCGAGUGGACAUCCAAGGCGCGAAAAAGAUCGAAGAGCUCAAAGGAACAUUAAUUGAAUUGAAAGAUAAAGAGCCCCUCCGUCCUAUACUGUCGGUGAUCGAAGUAUACCCUUCACCUCCUCCGGUAGACACCGUCCACGUCGCUGUGCUACUUUCUUCACAUAAAUCAUAUCCUGAGGCCUUACUACCGAUUCCAUUUAGUCCGGAACAGAGCGAUGGCAUAAAGGGGCUCAAAAAAUUUGAAAGCAACUUGCGACGCACAUUUCAGGAUUUUUUCAACUAUGAUGUUCAACUUCCUCUUUGGGCGCCGGAUUCGGGCCCGAACUCAGUUCAUAUUGCUAACCUGAACAUACCGGCCAUAUCUCAUGACCCUUCGCUGCUACUCCACAACCUCGGCCGGCCAUCUCACGACGUGAAACUAGUUGACCGCGUUAACAGACUAGAUUCCUUUGUAAUACGUCAGGGUCAGGCAAGACCCGUUUACUUCUUGAAGGCCUUUGGCGUAAUGGGGCAGUUUCGGCGUCUCAAGACAAUCACAUCCGAGAAUGAGGAUACAGCGCUGACCGAGAAUCGGGAGACGGCUGCCCGUCGUUUCCUACUGAUCCUCUACGUUCGAAUGUUUGUUUUCCGUGUAUUCCUCGAGUGCGCGGCUGACACCCCAAGCGGGAUCACGGAGGACCACAAAGCACGCUGGCUUCUCAUUCAAGUCGCACCCAAGACACUUCUCAAAAUGCCUGAAGUUUUUCUUAAAAUGAUUCAUUUGGCAGGAAGAGCGUCUUACGACUAUCUCCGGGCAGCCAUCGCAUCUGAGCAUAUAGACGUACACCAUCUUCUGGCAGAACGAAAACCAGUUGACCUAUUUUGCGUUCUCGAUGAAGCGCAGGCUCUCACACACGAGUUCUUGGAUUGCUUCCUAUCCGACACGGAGCCACAGCAUCCGCGGCCUAUCCUCCAUGAAAUCAUCAUUGAUUGGGAGAUGGUAUUCCCAAAUCUGAUCUUUUCUGGUACUGGAGUAUCGAUGCGGGACGUGGAGACUGACCUUAGUUGUGCAGUGGCUAAAGAGGGCCCCCCGUUAAGAUCAACGAUCACCGAAGUUGCUGGGUUCGACGACAAGGUUGAUCAGCGAGCUUAUCUCGAGCAGUACUUUCUGCCAGGACUUUGGGACACACCUGUGGGACAAGAGAUUGCAGCUCGGAUUGGAUAUUGGCUGCAUGGCCGGUUCGUUUGUGCCACUUCUCUCUGA